AUGGUGAAGAUCCCCGAUAGCUUUACCCAGGCUAUUCUGAAAGAGCAAGACAAGUACGAAGGCAAGUAUAUCGACGAUAACAUCGUUGCCGCAUUACCAAAGGGCGCAAGCAUAGACCUAGUCCGCACCAUAGGCGCAACACACUGGUCGAUACUGACCAAGAUCGACACCACCAUCUCCAGCAGACCACAGUCCUUCUUCUUGAAAGAAUACCGUGAUGCAAAUGCGGAGUACAUGGUCAAAGCCGAGUACGAGUCAACAGCCGCUUUGUACGCCGCAGUACCGAACCAUGUGCCUCGACCAUACGCAUAUGGCUGUUUCGCAUCGGACUCGCAGCGCUUCUUCUAUCUCCAGUCUUAUUGCGAUAUGGAAGAUGCGCCUGUGUAUGCGGACAAGGCCACAGCCGCAUCUAUUAAGCCGUUUGUCGAGGAAUUUAUCGGCGUACUGGCUGAAAUUGCAGCCUUCCAGGGAAACGUCGUUAAUCACAAUCGAUGGUGCGAUACUUGGGAAGAGUACUUCAGCCGCAACUUACGCUGUCUCAUAGAUCUGGAGCGUUCCAUCCAUGGUGAAGAUCCGGAAAUGGAUGCUCUAUGCGCUGAUCUUAUAACGAAGGUAGUUCCUCGACUUCUUCGUCCGAUGGAAAGCGGUGGUAACAAGAUCAAACCUGUCCUGUUACACGGCGAUAUGUGGCACGGUAAUGUCAGCGUCGACAAGAAGACGGGAAGCCCGGUGUUAUAUGAUGCAGGAUGCCUUUUCGGGCAUCACGAGUUUGAAGCAGCGCCGUGGCGUGCUACGAGGUAUGCUUUUAACAAGACACAUCUGGACGCGUAUCUUGAGAUCGUCCCUGCAUCGAAACCGCAAGAGGACUACGACGACAGGAACGAACUCUACGCAAUUCUCGUGUUGCUGGAAACAGAACAAGACUACUCGACAGUUGGCGAUUGA